GACGAAGGUGUUGGAGUGAGACAGAGUGAGCGCUGCGUGGCUCUGUGGCGCGUCAGUAUACUACGAGUUGAGAGGAAGGUCACAGUGUUUUAUCGUGUAAACAAAUAUUUUCCUUAAUAACAACUCUGGAACUACUUACGUAACCAUGAGGGAUAGUCAGAACCUGAUGAUAGAGUUUGUAAAAAUAGUCCAAAGGUACCCAGAAAUCUACGAUGCCAGUCUGGACACAUACAGAACUCGAUUUUCGGAGAUGUCUUGGGCCAAAGUUGCGAAUCAUGUGAGGACUGAAUUGAAUGAAGAAUGCACAGUUGAAGAACUAAAGGUGAAAUGGAAAGGAAUAAGGUCAUCAUUCAACAGAUACAAGUCCAAACUUGCAAUGAGCCCCUUCAGCAAUGAGAACACUUGCAAAAAAUAUUAUCUGUGCGAUCACUUAAGGUUUUUGGAACCCUUUCUCAGAUCUAAGGGCGUUUUCAGGCAACUACAAGAAGACCAAGACAAAUCAGAAGAAACAAACAGCGAUCCUUGUAACUACGUCAACGUGGAUAAUAUUGACGAAUCAGCUGUGUAUAAUGAAGAAGAAUGGAACCAUAUUGAUAUCAAACCUGAUGUUAGUACCAGACCUGAUAAACAGCAAGAAGCGGACACAGUCCAGUCUUCGAGACCAGCUAGUGAAUCUUAUGAUAGAAAUAAGAAGAGAAGGUACUCAUUUGAAGGCCAAUCUACCACAGAAGAUGAUAACGAAGAUCUCACAUUUUUCAAAAGUAUACUACCAGACAUAAGGAACUUUUCAAUUAGAGAGAAGAGGAAAUUGAAGAUGGGAAUACUGCAACUGAUUGAUGAGAUAGAAAAAGAGAGAGAGAGUACAUGAGUGUUCAUGUUGUUUUAAAAGACUUUUAGAUAUAAGAACUAGACUUAGUUAGAUAGUUUGUUCCAAUUAAAUGACUGAAAGUUUUUUAAAUA